AUGAGUCGGUACACUGGUGAGACUCCCGGCAUGUUCUACACGGCACUGACACUUGCAGCAUUUCAUGAUGGAAAAAAAAACCAAGUAAAUUCCUUGACAAUGCGGGCCACCUCAUCGUGGUGCCAAGGUCCAGUACCUCGUAUUGUCAGAGGAAGCAAAGAGUCAACGACGUUUUUCUUCUUGAAGACCCGUUGGCGCUUAAACUACGGCGCUAUAAAGCACCAGGGCCAGCCGCAUCAUGCUGGGGCAAAAAUAUAUCCAAGAAAGUCCUUGGGCGCGUGUCGACAUGGUGUCAGCUGUAUCACCCCCACCAGGUUGCUGCUGAGUGGUGGUGUAUGA